AUGGACACCAGUGACAAUUUUGACGAAAAGCCAGAAUUUCAGUCUCCUUAUGGGUUUAUAGACAACGGCACCUAUACUUUCAGUGCUGCUGGUCCAAGUUAUUCGGGUUCGAGUGCAACACAGGUGACAGGGGAGCAUUUCGCGGCGGACAGUACUUAUUAUUCCACCAGUGCGCAGUCCGUAAGUAGGCCAUCUCCGGCUGAAGUAACAUCGAGGCCAAUAAAAGUUGAAUCUCAGAAACCCGGCAUAGCCAUCGACAACCAGCAAUGGGUGUAUGGUUCGAACGAAUUUCACGAUACCUCAAGAUACACUUCGCAGACGACGGGGACGUCGGGUUACUACUUAGGAGGUGAAGACGGUGCGCCUGUUUCUGUCGGAGAAUGGUCGACAACAUAUAGCACGCCGUAUCAGUACGGCAACUAUGAAUUAACAACACCUGAAACCGAAGGACAGGCGCUUCUACCUAUGUCUUCAUUCUAUGCCAAUGAGACCGUAGCUGCGACAGCUCCACCGAUCAAUCCUGGCUUCACACACACAGACGGUAUCAGCAAAACGUUAUACCCAUUUGCAGAAAAAGCGAGCGCAAGUUAUUGCUUUGUACCAUCAACGCCUGUCAGCUCGCCACCUUCCUUAGCUCCAUCGGAAUGGUUAGCAAAUUAUAAUUCAUCACAUUCUUCACACUUCGUACAGGCUGCAAGCAAGAACAGAACAAAUCUUGGUUUACACAUGCCCACUGCUACAGAAACUUUACGUUUGGAAGACACCAACGGCUUGGUAAGGAACCAUGUGGAGAAUGUUAACGGAAUACGUAUGGAAGAAAGAUUGGAUGAAGCCAUAAAUGUUUUGCAGAACCCCGCACAAUAUCAGCUGGGAAUGGGUCAAUUACUUGUGAAUACGAAGGCCUUAAGUUCAGUAGAAAGUAUUCCUGAUAAUAAAUCUAGGAGAAUUAGGAGAUACGGGACAGAUGAGGAGGAAACUGACGAACUUGGAAAUAAGGCGGUGCGUGAGAAAGAUCGCAGGCAGACCAACAAUGUUCGGGAACGGAUACGUAUCCGAAAUAUUAACGAGGCGCUUAAAGAAUUGGGGCAAAUGUGCAUGUCACAAUUAAAUACGGAUAAACCCCAAACAAAGGUGGGAAUCUUAAAUAUGGCUGUUGAAGUUAUAAUGAAAUUAGAGGAAAAAGUUAGAGAAAGAAAUUUAAAUCCAAAAGCAGCUUGCCUGAAGAGGCGUGAAGAAGUGAAAGCGGAAGAUUGGCAAGAACAAGUUCCUGGACCUCAACAAAUGUUAUCAGCUUCUCACUACGAUGUCAUACCAGCACAACAUUUGCCACACAAUCCCGGACAGCCUCAAUAGGAUUAGUUCCGUAUGUUUAUUUUUAUAUUUUUUUUUCUGAAUAGACCAAAACUAUUGCUAGUGGUUGGAACUUGAAGUUGACUAUAUCAUAAGCAUAAUUAUUAUGUAAAUAUUUGUAAAUAAACAAAUUUAAUGUUUUUGAAUAUAAUA